AUGGCCACUUUCAAUAUGCUGCGCCGUCGAAAUUCCCAAAAGUCACCCGACAAGAACGGCCCCUUGAAGCACCUGAACCGCUCACUCUCCAUCCGUUCGAACAAGAACAGUUCCAGCUCCGCCCCCCGCCAUGGCUUCAGCCUGAGCUCCCUCCGCGGCACCGUGCAGCCUGAACUCAGCAAGAAGCUCUACAAGCUGAUCAAAUCCGAGAACCACCUGAUCGGGCACCACGAAGCCGCAGGAAAGGAGCGCCUCUCCAUCGCGACCCAGCUGUCCGACUGGGGCGAGGCCACCAACGACGAUGCCAUCAGCGACGUCUCUGACAAGAUUGGAGUUCUGCUGUCGGAGCUUGGCGAGCAGGAGGAUCUGUAUGCGCAUAACAUUGAUGAUAGCAGGGCUAUCUUGAAGGCGAUUCGGAAUACCGAGAAAAGCGUGCAGCCUAGCAGAGACCACAAGGCAAAGAUUGCGGACGAGAUUGCAAAGUUGAAGCUCAAGGAGCCGGAGAGCACCAAGUUGGUUACGUUGGAGCAGGAGCUUGUCAGGGCCGAGGCAGAGAACUUGGUCGCUGAAGCUCAAUUGACCAAUAUUACCCGCCAGAAGCUGAAGGAAGCAUACGCCGCGGAGUUCGCAGCAACGAUCGAGCGUGCCGAGAAGCAGAUCAUCCUCGCGCGCCACGGCCGCCGUGUCUUGAACCUCCUUGACGACACCCCAGUCGUGCCAGGCGAUGUGCGUCCCGCCUACGACGGCACGAACCAAGCGCGCCAAAUCCUCAAUGACGCCGAAGACGAUCUCAAGGACUGGACGGCGGAAUUGGAAGAUGUCCCUUCGCACGCCAACCUCGAUCAGGGCUUGAUGCCGGCGUCGCGUCAGCGUACUUCUGAGUCUAUUGUUGGUGACGAGUCUGUUGCUGCUGAGCCGGCUACUAACACGGACGGGAGCAGGAUCAGCAGCGGCGGUUCUAUCACAACCGGCCCAGCGUAUACGCAGAGUGAGACUUCUCAGGUUGCUUAG